AUGUCGAGCAGCGGGAGCGCCGUCGCCGCCGCCCCCCCCGCGGCAGCCUCCCCGCCCGCCCAGCCGCCCCCGCCGCCCCCCCCUCCGCCCCCGCCGCCGCCCCCGCCGCUCCCCGGCCCCUCCUCCGGCCCCGCCGCUGCCGCCGCCGAGCCCGAGCUGGUCUCGCUCAUCCUCAACCGCCUCAAGAGCCAGGGCCUCUUCGACCAGUUCCGCCGCGACUGCCUGGCCGAUGUGGACACCAAGCCAGCGUAUCAGAACUUAAGGCAGCGGGUUGACAACUUUGUUUCCAACCACCUAGCAACUCACACAUGGAGUCCUCACCUGAACAAAAACCAGCUGCGGAAUAAUAUCAGGCAACAGGUUCUCAAAUCGGGAAUGUUAGAAUCUGGGAUUGACAGAAUAAUUUCUCAAGUUGUAGACCCAAAGAUCAAUCAUAUAUUCAGACCACAAGUGGAAAAAGCUGUCCACGAGUUCUUAGCCACAUUAAAUCAUAAAGAGGAAGCCAGUCCCAGCACAACACAACUUGAGGAGAAACCAGAUGCUUCUCUUACCAUGCCAGGAGUUUCUGUUGCCACUUCUAGUGCGGAUGUGGCUAGUGAUGCCAUGUCCAUUCUGGAAACCAUAACUUCUCUCAACCAAGAGGCCAGUGCUGCCAGGGCUUCCACAGAGGUCGUGACUUCCAAGGCCACUGACAGAACUUCAAGGAAACUGUCGUCUCAGCAGAGCGUAGAUGGUGGGAUUGAGCGAGAGCGAAAUGCUGACGAUAUGCUGGAUGGGGAGAAACCAUGUAACUCUGCCGAAGAAAGUGCAGAAAUUGUAACAAACGGGGAAGAGGUAAUUAACUUCUCUUCGAGUGAAGAAAGAAAAACUGUGCCAAAAGAAGCUCCAGGUUUGAUCAGCCCAAGCAAGGAUGUCGUGCAGGAAGGGGAUGAGCAGAAGAGCAGGCUGGCAGAGAGGAAGCCAGAGAGCUGUGAGAAAGAGAGGAAGAAAGAGAAAAAGGAAAAAACAGACAAGAAGCUGGACCACUUGAAAAAGAACGAUGACAUUCUGAAAGUGCGAGAAGAAAAGGUGACAAAGGAGAGAGAGACAGCUGGGGACAAAAACAGUAGUAAACACAAAGCAAGUGAGAGUACAAAAGACAUUUUGGAGGAAUCUGAUACAGAGAUACUCAGUGAUAUCACAGUUAGCUCUGUGCAUACUAGUGACCUUUCUUCCUUUGAAGAAGAAAGCGAAGAGGAACUUGUGCUUUCAGACAGCACAGAAGAAGGAGAGAUUAUUUCUGAUGAUGAAGAAGAGGACCACAGCCAGAUUAAAACAAGGCCGGAGGCCGGUGAACCCAAUGAUAAAAAAACAAAAUCUGGCCGACAUGCUUACGUCCACAAGCCUUACCUUUAUUCGAAAUACUAUAGCGAUUCUGAUGAUGAACGAACGGUAGAGCAGCGCCGCCAGUCAGUUGCUAAAGAAAAAGAAGAGAGACUUUUAAGGAGAAGACUUAACAGAGAAAAACUUGAAGAAAAGCGGAAGCAGAAAGCUGCGGAGAAAACAAAAACCUUGAGAACAGGCAUUCAAGGCAAAAGCAGUCAAAAUGUGGAAGAGUCUUCCAGCAGAGCCCUUGAUUCAAAAGCCAGCGGUGCCAGCAUUAAAGAUGUGCUGAAAGAACAGAGGUUUUUAGAGAAAAAGGUGGCAUUAAGCAGGAAAAGAAGAAGGGAGUCAAGACAUAAUGAUGAAGGUGGAAAGAAGAAAUAUGAACAGCAGGAGGAAGAGCUCAGAGAACCUCAGAAGACAAAUGAAAGUGGCGAAAAGCUGUCUUCGAAAGAAGUGAAAGCGAGUCAGGGCAAAACUGAAAUGAAUAAACUUGCUAGAAGACUUUCAGAGUCAGUUCAUUCAACUGAAGAGAGCAGAAAUGAUUCCAAAGUCGAAAGAGAACACAAAAGGAAAAUGUCUACCUGCCCUCAACUAGAUGCAGCCCAGCAUGAUACCGAAGUCAAGGAUCCAAAGGCUCCCAGUGAUAAGUCAGAGGCCAACCCAGAAGAACUUCAGAAGCAGAAAAAUGUACCAAAAAAUGAAAAACAUAUUAAAAAGGAAGAUUUGGAACCCCAGAAUUUCAAAAGUGUACUCAAGAAGGAUGCUAGGUCAUCAAAAGAGAAAAACGAAAAAGAAAGAACUCUUGCUGAAGACAAACCCUUAACAAAACAUAAAUAUAAAGGAGAUGGUGUUCAUAGAACAGGUGAUGAGGUAGAAAAUCUACCAACUGAGAAAGGUCCCAAAGCUGAGGAGAGCAUUCAAAAACAUAAUCAGCUAACAAAAACUCUAUCAGGUGAAAGGAAGAAUAAGCACAGAGGCGAAAAGAAAGCAUCGGCAAGCAACAAAGAAGUAAAGAUUGUGUCUGAAGCAGCUUCUAAAAAUGAGGAAAGCUCACAUAAAGAGAAUAACAAGAAAUACAGACAUAUUUCUACAGGAAAAUCAAGGGCAGAACAUAAGAUCAAAAGAUCAUCAAGUGAUUAUAGGCCACAGAAGGAGUCUCAGAGUACUACAUCUAAGCCACACGGUUCUGCAACAUCAAAGAGAAGUGAAAGUUAUGUAGAAGAUAAGGAUCGACAUGAUGCAGAAUCUGUUAGCCUGGACAGUGCUUUAAGACAGGGUGAUGGUAUUCACAAAGACAGGCGAAAAUCAAAAAGUAUCUUAGAAGGAAGGCUCUUGAUAAAGUCCAAAUCCAAGAGUCAUAGCAAACAAGCCAAAGGAGCAGAAAAUGAAUUACAAGAAAGAUGUUCCAAGCAAGAAUCUGGGCAGAAAUCAGAAAAAGAAAAGAAUGCAGAAGAAAGUGAUCUAGAUAAGCAUUUUAAAUCCAAAAGUGAAAGUAGAGUUUUGGAAGACAGUUCUAUGGGGUUGGAGCCUGCAAGUGGAGCACACGUAAUGAGUAGUUCACAAAAAGAUUCUAAUCACAGAGUUAAGCUGCAGUUGACAGAAAAAACGUCUACAAAAGAGAAGACUAAAAGUGAUAAGGAUUUAAGCAGUUCUCGGCUGGAAAGGAAAUUAUCAACAGAAAGUCAAAAAAUCAAAAGUUUGAAGCACAGUAGUAAGGAAAUGAGAAAAAGAGAGGAAGAGAGCAAACUGGAAGACAAAGGUGUUAAACAAGUGGACAGUCAUGGCAGGGUGCAAGAAAACAAUCAGUUUACAGAUAAAAAAGUUAGUAAAAGAUUAGCAGGGGAAAACAGAAAAGGAAGUUUGUCUUCCCAAGACAUGGAUAUGGGAGAAGAAAAAAUACCAGCAGUCAUACCUGCAGGUUGCUCUUUCCCAGCUUCUCAGAACACAGUCUGGACUGGUAGUCUUGCAUUGCAUUCUCAGCAAAACCAAGAGGCAAUGGAGAUUGAAUUGGAACAAACACUUGGCGAAUUGUCUCAUCAGACAUCUCAAGUGGAAGAAAAAGGCAGUGAUAAUUCACAAGAGACUGAAUUUAAAAAUGCAGCUGAAGACCGAAUGCAUCAUUCAGUGUUUGAGUGUAAUAAAUCAGGUCAUUCCAAAGAAAGGACAUCAGAACCUUCCCUUUCAAGUCACAUUAACUCCGAGCAAAAAGAUGAAAACAUUCCCCAAAAGGAAGAGGAUGGACUGAGAGAUAUAAAUGAUCACACUCUGAAGAAUCUGGAACCUACCGAGCAGUUGCCAGGUUGUGUGAUUCCUUUGGGUAAGACAGGUGAUCAGCUCUCACUUCCUUCUCACAAGGACAGUGAGAAGUUAAAAUCCCAAGAAGUGUCUGAGAGUUCUCCAGCACUGAGCACUCCUGGAAAUGUAAUUGAUCCGAGCAAAGAAAGCAGUUCUCCAACCAAGAGCUCCUCAAGAGAAGAGGGUAGCAAUCUUGCAGAAAUCACAAACACUUUGAGUAGUAUGUCUGAGGAGGAAUCUUUUACUUUAGAUACGCCUUGUAGUAAAGAUGCCAUUUCCGACAGUAAAAUAGAAGAUUCUGUUAAAAUGGAACAACAUGAUACUAUUGUACUUGGCAGUGAUGUGAAAGGAGGUGCAAUAAAUGACAAAAAUAUUGAAACCAAGGGUGAAGCUGCUUAUUUAAGUGGCGAACAAGUGGCUGAAGGUAAUACAGACCUUCAGGAGAGCACUGUGCAAGGAAGUGUAAGAACUGUAUUAACUGGUGUGACGCAGACUAACGAUCUGAAUGACCUGGUGAUCGUCGAUGAACGUGUCCAUACAGAUGAAUCUGAGUUAGCCAUCUUGGAGCAAGUAGAAAGAGACAGUCCAGGUGAAGGUUCUUCUGUAAGGAAAGACCAACAUGCUACAGUAUGCCAAGACAAAAUAAAGGAAAACCAUCGUACCAUAGCUGUAACAGAAUCCUCUUCAGGAUCAGUGCCCAGGAACAUUUCAGGAGGAGGAGGCAGUGGCAACGCAAGAAGAGCCACUGAAGAUAAAAAUGAAACCAGUGUUGUAGGCAGUAGCGUAGGAGGCAACACUUGUGGUAUCUGCCACAGCUUGGAGACUUCUGGUGCAACCAUUAUAGGAACUAGUACAGAAAGAAGUGCUGGAAGCAUGGCAACAGCUACGAGUACAGGAGAAAGCCAAGGGGAAGGAAGCUCAUCUGUAAAUAUGCAAAGGGAAGGCGAUGCCAUUAUUUCUUGCUCAGAAGAGAAAGGGAAGGCUACUUUGAUCUGUACAAGCAUCGAAGCAGAUGAAGGUUUCCACAUGGGCCCCUGGACCAAAAGCAAACAGAGGCCCCAUUUUGCAAGCAAAGAGGACUAUGGCGAGUGCACGGUCACUGCUGCUGAAGAAAGUGGUGUUGGUGUCACUGAAGGGCUUGCAGCGUGCGAAAGUUCCUUAACUAGUACAAAGGAGGAGGACAGUGAUGAAUGUGCUGCCAAUUAUGUAGAAGAAAGUGGUAAACAGCUAAGCAACAAAAGCAGCAUAGAACUGGAGCAAAACCUGGAUAAUGUUGAAACAGAAGAGAAAGAUGAUGCAGUUACCAGUGCAGGCUCUGAAGGGAGGCGCACGGCUUCCGCUUUCCACGGUACAAGCCAUUUUGACAGUUCCACUAUUGGCAUUAGUGAGGUGGAAGGUGAUGGGGCUGUCACCAGCGCAGGCACUGCAGAUAGGGAUGGCUCUCUACACGGUGAAAAUCAAGAUGAACUUCAAAUAAAUGCAAGCAGUGCGGGGCAAGUUAAAGCAGCUGAAGGCACGGUGACUUGUACAGGUGCGGCAGGAGGAAGCGUGGGCUUUGCUAUCUGCUCAGUCACAGGUACAGACUCUCAAGAAGACAGCGCUGUGACUGAAGCAUGUGCCGGAUUAGAGGCCAGUAAUACCGUGACUGGAACACAGGCUGACAAGAGCGAAGAUGUUGUGUAUGGUGAAAGUGCCGUCACCAGCACAGGCAUAACAGCAGAAGAUGACCCUGAAGCUGCAGCUGCUUGCACUGGCUUGGAGGACAGCAAUGAGGGUUUUUCAGUUUCUUUAGGCUUACAAGAAAACUAUGAGCAUGCUACAGAGAGUACGGAAGCCACAGCUGAAACAAACACUGCUGAGGUUAGCCGGGGCUCCUGUGACGAUGAAGGUUUUGUGACCAGUACUGGGGCUAAGGAGGAUGACGAAGAAGGUGAAGACUUUGUUACCAGCACAGGAAGAGGUAAUGAAGAAAUGGAUCAUUCCUUGGCCUGCACAGGAACCGAAGAAGCUGAAAGGUCAGCGCUUUGUGCUGGAGCUGCAGGAAGUGGAAGUUCCUCCAUCUGCCGAGCUACAGGCCGGCUUGGCACAGAGUUGGGGUUGCUGACCACAAAUGCAGGGAAAGGUACUGUGGACAGCAUGACUAGCUUAGGGGAAGAAACCAAAAGUGGCAGUUUCAACCACAGCACCAAGGGAAUAGUUGAAAGUAGCACCACUAGUAUUGGUUCAGGCAAUGAAAAUGUUAUAGGCUUCAUCACAGAAAAAGAGGAACAGUCUGCAGUUGCAGAGAAAUAUGAAUUUGGCAUGAUCGAUGCCAUCUCAGAUCAAAGUACAGGCCAACCUUCUGUUUUGGAAGAGAAGAAUGAGAAUGCCACAUCUUACUUAGACGAGAGAAAAUGUGAAGGCCUGAUCUUAAGAAUGGAAGAGGCCGUUCUUUCAGCUUCUGAAGAUGAUGAAGAUGAAGCAGAGACCAUCUCUACAAGUGUGGUCAAAGUAGGUCUUUCACCUCCACAUUGUUCUUCCAAGCACAUGGAGCAAACCUCUGCUGAAAGCUGUGAUAAGACCACAAGUUUAAGUGGAGAAGAAUUUGAGGCCCCUAUGCCUAGUACAACCAUUGACUCCUGUUUGAGUCAAGAUGGAACUGUUACACCAAAUAAGGUUUCCACAAGUCUGUUGGAAGAAUUUGAAGCCCCUAUGCCUAGUGCAACCACAGAAGAUGGUGAGAGUCAGUUUCCUACUGGAAGAGCCAGUGUGGAAAUGUGUGGCACUCCCAUGCCCAGUGCAUCCAGUGGAGAAGUUAACAAAAGCCAAGCAGCAGACCAGAGCCAGGAGGAAAGAGAUGAGUGCACUGUGAUUUCUACAAGCAUUAAUGAAGAGCUAGAGGUUCCUCUUUCACACACAGGCAGAGAAGAUUUGAUUCCGCCCUUUGCUCAUGCAGCCAUGAUCUCAACAAGCUCUGCAGAACAUCUGGGGAUUUCUAUGUCUCCUGCAACCACACAAGAAUCGAAUCCAGUUUCUGAAACCAAAGCAGGAGGAAGACUUGAGUCUUUUGCUAUUACUACCAGUACGACAGAAGGGGCAUUGAUGCUUGCAGAAAGAGAAGAGAAGGGUGAUGAUACCAUCGUCUGUCCAGAUGCAGCAGAGGAAGACAAAGCUAUUAAUCCUGGGGAUACCGCAGGCCAAGAGUUCCAGCUGACUAUUCAAAGCACAUUAAAAAGCAUCCAAGAUGCAGCAGUUUUUGCUGAAGAGGGGACAAAAGGUGAUACUCUUGGACAAAACAUAGCCAGCAUCAAACCUGAUGUGCAAUUGGUUCCUUUGCGUAUAGGGGAUCCAGAGGUCAUUGCAACAGUCCCUGCAAGGAUGGUGGAAGAAUGUGAUAGUGUCUCCAACAUCCCUCCCUUAGAGGACUCUCCAGUUGCUUUUGAAAACAUAGAAGGAGAUGAUGAAAGAAAUGCUGCAUGUGUCGAAGACGGCCAUUCCAUAUCUUCAGCCCCAAAAGAAAACAAAGACAUUUCAGUUGUGGUUUGUGAAGAAAGUCAAAGUUUCUGUCAGGAGGAACCUGAGAUUGCUUUGACAAGAGAAUCUGUGGCAUCCAGGAUCACAGAGGAAACCAAAAAAUCUGAAAUGCCUGCAGAUACAGGGGAAUCCAGUAGUGCAAGUGAAAACCUCCGUACAGAAAUGUGUUUGGAGUCCUCUGAUGAUGGGGCGCCAUCUGCUGAAACCAUCGUGCUUGUCCACAAAGAUGUGCUACAUAAUGAAGUCACCUCAAGCCCUUCUGAUAUCCACUUGGAACAAGAAACAGAAGACAGAAAAAUAGUAGUAGACAAUAUUAACCAGUAUUGCCCAGUAUUAAAAACUGACUUUUCUGGAAAAAGGGACCUCCCCAGGAGGGAAUAUUUGGCAGCAUUACCUGUUGAAUCGGUGAGCAAUUCUGAGAACAGAGCACUUGCUGAAGAAACAGGUCUGUGCACAGAGCAUCAUUUGGCCGAUGUUGAAGCCAAAGUGGAUGAUCCUCAUGAACUGGAAGCUGCUUCUCGAGACAGUGCAGGAUGUUGUUCUGACAAUGAAAAAAUGCUUCCCAUUGUGUCCAAAGAGCUGGAACUACAGUCUGACUUGAUGGCUGAAGAGCAGCUUCGUUGCAAGAGCCCGAUAAAAGAAAAUAAACAGAAAGAGGGGCUGCCAGAAGAGAUUCCCAAAGCCCUUGAGGCUUCAGAGACCAUCAUCAUAGCUGAAGCAGCGGCGCCUCCUGAAGAAAAGUCACUCGAGUUACAGGUAGAAAUACCUGAUCAGGAGGAAGAAACGCAAGACUGCCCUCCAGCUACGGGACAGGGCGACUCAGAUGAUGGCCCUGUGUCUCAGAUCGGGGGAGAGGAAGCUGAAGAGAGCCAGGGUUUCAAAGCCAAAGGAGAAGCCGAGGAAGUUGCUGCCAGAGAUUCAGGAAAGCUACCUGAAGGUGGUGUGGAAAUUCAGGGACCAUCAUCAGAUGCUAUAGAAGAAAAAGAUAAUACUGCUGGCAAAAUGGAUAUUUGUGAAAAAACAGAUCUGGAGUCCGGUUUAAAUCCCAUUGAGGUGAACCAGCAAGUAACAGUCAAACGGAAAAGAGGAAGACCUCGUAAAUAUCCCCUGCCAGACGUGGCGAUGUCAGCUGCUUCCAUGGCCUCUGCCCUACUGAAGCCUAAGCCCAACAAGACCAAGAAACAUGCCUCGGAUUCAACCUCUGAUCCGAAGGCCAAGAAGCACAAACGCCGCACGGAACAGCCCUCGGAUUUGACGGCCCCCAAACAACAGGCACUGCCAAAACCAUCAGUACUGGCCAAACUCUCGGUACCAUCUGAUUUCAUACCGGACAGCCACCCUUCGAAUCCGACAAUGUCAACCUUGAACCCGACAAUUCCAUCCCAAAUCAUCAACAUCCCCUCCAGGUCACCGUUGGUCCACAGCAAUCUACCAUCCGAUUUUCUCGAAUCCAACCCACAACAAGGCAUCGACCAACAUUCUCGGAUCCGACAGCAGCACACCCUGGGUCCCGCUUCCUUCACAGACAUGCACCCUCAAAAACGGCAGACCCAAAUUCUGAUGGAUCCUAGUUACCAGCAAGAACCGAGAGUUCAUCAUCCUAGGAUUCGAUGCUCCCGAUCUCCAUCACAACGCCAUUACUACAGGGAAUCCUCUCCACAUGAUUACAUACCCAGCAGGUACCAACAACGCUACCGCUCAUGUUCUCCAUCCUUCGACCAGUACAGACACAUAAGGUACUACAACUACAUCUCCAUACAUGACCAUCCAGGAUUCAGGGAUGCACCCCCGCAAAGACGGACAUCACCAUCAGCCAUCAUCACUAUGGCUCAGACUCAACCCACCCCAAUCUCAUUGGGGGACGACACCUCUACUGCAGCUGCUGCGACUGCUCCCAAGCCCCCACAGACGGCUGCACUACACUUCCAGCAGACAAUACCUGAAGCAACUUUGGAACAAUCUUCAUCUGCCCUGUCAUCUGACUCGGAGGACUCCUCAUCCUCUGCAGAAGACACCCACUCAGCGUCACAUGAAGCAGACAUUGCUAAACUUACAACUCUCUCCCCCUCCGAGGGAUCAAAAGCAUACCUGGAUCUUAUCUCCAACCUUGCUGAAGCCCUGAACAUCAAGUUGUCCAGCGAGACACCCAAGGUAUCAGACAUCAUUCAUGACAUAAUGCAGUCCUCUCUACCAGCGGGCUACCUACUACCGAUGCUUCCUGUGCACCUCGCGUUAGUGACCUCUGUAGCUCUCCGCUGUCAUGCCUGGCUACGCAGCACGUCCCUUCAACCGGACAUAAUCUUCAAGGUGGAAGACUUACCAUUCGACGAACCGGGCUUGUUCCACUCCUCUAUUGAUGAGAUCCUUACGUCCGUAGACUACAGUAGGAAGAGGACGUUGAAGCCGCACUCCACAAGAGCGAUGUCAACUUCAUCUGCCUUCAUGAAUGGCAUCCCACUGGAGGACAUCUGCGCUGCAGCAUCUUGGUCCUCCCCUGCCACCUUCAUCUCGCACUACGCCCUGGACAUACGUGCCACAAGGGAUACCUCCUUUGGACAGGCCCUCCUCCGAUCAUCAAAAGCACUCUGCGCGGGGACAAAAAGCACCAUACGGUGGGGGUUCUUUCGCCGCUGCUCCUCGUGCGGGAGUAAAAUCGCCCCUCCGGACGGGCACGAACUGUGUUUGCUGUGCCUGGGCGAGAGGCACCGUCCUGACUCCUGUCCUCAUUGCGCCAAGUUUUCGCGCCAAACGAGGAAGAACAGGGCAGCCCGACUUGCAGCGGCACUGAUGGAGCAGGCUCUUUCCCCUCGUCGCCAGCAGGCUGAGCAGGCGGAACAGCCCUCCGGUCAUUCCGACCAGUCGGCACCGAAGUCGGUCGACACCGACCAGACCCCUCCCGACACCGACCGCCCUAAGAAAAAGCCGGGCGAUGCGGUAACCUCGGAAUCCUCGACGCCAGCUAAACGGCGCAAGGAGGAGAAAGGGGCAUCAGCUGUAAAGGGGAAGAAGGACAAGAAACAGAGACACAAAUCGGCGCCGCUCUCCGCGCCGGUGUCUCCCGUGGACCCUACGGCUCCGAUAGUCCCUCCGCUGAAGCUCUUCGCGUCCCCGAUACGCCACUCCGACACUCCUUUAGACUCGAGGUCGACGCAGCUGGUCAUUUCGGACUCUGAUUCGGACAUAGAAUCGGGCCAGAGGGUCGGUACCGACCGCAGCCCUCUCGGCCGAAGCACCCCUCGACAGCGAAGCCCACUGGUCAGACCGAGUGAUCGGCCCCGAGACCGUUCAGCCAGCAGGUCACGAUCUCCUCUCGGCAAGGACGAAGGCCGAUCGCCUCGUGGAGCCCCGUCCCACGUCCCAUGGGACCAGAGACAAUGGCAGUAUUUGUAUGGGGCUUACCCAGUACAACCUCAUUACCCAUGGCUGCCGCCGCGACAACCCGAAUGGGACCAAGCUUCUGAGACAUCUUACCGGUCCCGCACGUCCUUUCGCACGGUGAAGACGGCCCCGUCGGCGUCGGUGUCGAAACCCCUAGAACCACGCACGAAGGAGCACGACUUCGCCCCACCGUUAAAGCCGAGGUCGACCCCGACAGCCCCAGCAUCCCCAUUGAAGCCGGUGCAGCCAUCGGACUUGUCCGACUCCCCGGACGAGUCUCCCAGGUCGCCGGGGGGUUCGUCUCCCGACGGAGGACCUUCGUCGCCGGACGAGCCAUCGCCACCGGGAAAGACCUUGGACGAACAGCCGAUCUCGCCAUCGGAGGACCUCAAGUCCUACGGCGACUUAGUAAAGCGGAUGGCUCAAACCCUCUCGCUCCCGACGGUCCAGCCACAACCGGUCGUUACCGAUACGGUUUUCGACAUCGUGCAACAGGACACUUCCACCGCUGUGGCACUGCCUCUGACCAAUGUUAUGUUGCAGACUGCCAAGUCCUCAUGGGACAAGCCGGCGUCCACGCCUGUGUCCUCUCGCAGGCUGGACCAUAUGUACAGGAUCCAGGAGUCAUCAGCAGAGUUCCUGUACGUGCACCCGAGACCGAACUCAGUGGUAGUGUCCUCUUCGUCAAAGGCGAAGAAGACCCAUUCCACGCCCCCCGAUAAGGAGGGUAGGAAACUGGAUGCAAUAGGAAGACGGCUUUACACCACAGGCUCACUGGGAGUCAAAGUUGCAAACUACGCAGCCUGUAUGGGCAGAUAUCAAUAUGCCCUAUGGGACCAGGUCUCCACCAUUCUUGGUUCCAUCCCGGAGCAGGCGAAGACCUCACUGAGAAAGCUGCAAAAGGAGGGCAUGGCCCUCGCAAAACAACAGCUGAACUCGGCAAAACACUCGGGGGACACGUGCGCCAAAACAUUGACCACUGCUAUCGCCCUCCGCAGACAUUCCUGGCUCCGUUCCACGGCACUGCAACACGACACGCAGGCCUAUGUGGAGGAUCUACCGUUCGAUGGCUCGGGAUUGUUUAGCUCAAACACGGACUCGGUCUUGCAAGAGUUAGACAAAAGUAUAAAGACAUCUCGGAACCUGGGAGUAACAAGCCCCCGCACUCCAGCCAAGAGACAGUGGCCAAAGACGUGGCACAAGAAGCCCUACUCAAAGUCGCCAGAGCGGCAAUGGCGCUCCAAGCAGCCAGCUUUUCCGCGGCCCCAGUACCAGCAGAAACCUAAUAUCCGGUUGGCACGUUUCCUCCCUGCCUGGGCCCGCAUCACGUCGGACCGCUGGGUGCUGUCAAUUAUUCAACAGGGCUAUGGGAUAGAGUUUACCAACCCCCCACCCACCCCGACUUUCGUUUACACCCCUCCUUCGCAAACCCUCCGGGAAGAAGUAUGCUCCCUCCUCGACAAGGCCGCGAUCGAGAGGGUCCCUACGCACCAGCUCCGGCGUGGCUUCUACUCCCGAUAUUUUGCAGUCCCGAAACGGGACGGGGGCCUUCGGCCAAUUAUGGACCUACGGGCCUUGAACCGAUUCGUAAGAUGCGACAAGUUCAGGAUGACAACCCUGCAGUAUAUCCUCCCGUUGCUGGGACAAGGGGACUGGAUGGCCACGCUCGAUCUAAAGGACGCAUAUUUUCAUAUAUCGAUUCAUCCCUUCCACAGACAGUUCCUCCGCUUCACAAUUGGAGAGGAGCACUUCCAAUACAGGGCUCUUCCCUUUGGGCUAUGCACGGCCCCUCGGGUGUUCACCAAGGCGAUGGUGGUGAUUGCCGCUCACUUGAGACAGCAAGGGGUAACACUCUUCCCGUACAUCGACGAUUGGCUCCUGGUGGCGGAGUCCAGGGAGUCCUUGCUGCGGCACAUAGAAAUCACCCUUGCCCUGGUGGAAGAACUGGGACUCCAAAUAAACCAGAAGAAGUCCCAUCUCCAGCCCGCGCAACGCGUGCAAUUCAUAGGGGCGAUAUUGGAUUCAAGGGAGUGCAAGGCAUUCCUCCCUCCAGACCGCGCGAAUGCCAUCGUGCGAACAGUAGCGGCUUUCCGGCAGAAUCCCGUGGUCUCAGCACGGAAGGUCCAGAGACUGUUAGGACUUAUGGCAGCCACCACGGCGGUGCUCCCCUUCGCAAGGCUGAGAAUGCGGACUCUACAGCUUUGGUUCUUGAGGAGCUUCAAAUGCAACCUGGAGCCGUACUCCAGACUCCUAACGGUACCGCCGGAGGUGCUGGAGUCCCUAAGCUGGUGGGGUCAGAAACAGUACCUAGUGGAGGGAGCCCCCUUCCACAAACCAGUACCAGUGCUAACGAUCACAACGGACGCAUCCCUAUGGGGCUGGGGUGCCCACAUGGGAGGAAUAUGUGUGGGGGACAGGUGGCCGAGUCGCUACAGUCAACAGCACAUCAACCUGCUGGAGCUCCUGGCCAUCUUCCACGCCAUCUUCUCCUUCCAGACUCUUCUGAAGGGAAAAGCAGUAGCGGUGUUGACCGACAACACCACAGCGGUGGCGUACGUCAACAGGCAAGGGGGGACGGUGUCCCGCAACCUCUGCAAAUUGGCCAUCUCGCUGUGGGAGCUGUGCAGAUCGCUGGGGGUCUCCCUACAAGCAGCCCACCUGCCGGGAGUGAACAAUGUGCAGGCAGAUUUCCUCAGUCGCGGAGGAGCCCUGUCUCACGAGUGGGAACUGAACUCAGAGUUCCUGGAUCCGGUCUUCCGCAGCUGGGGGACACCGGAGCUGGACGUGUUUGCUACGAGGCACAAUGCGAAGUGCGACCUGUUUUGCUGCAGAGGGGGAGCGGACCCCUUGGCCCUCGGGGACGGUCUCCUAAUCCCCUGGACCCACCAUACAGUGUAUCUGUUUCCGCCCAUCCCAUUGCUGACCAAGGUCGUGCAGAAACUUCUACGGGAGCGCCCACAGGGGAUCUUGGUGACGCCAUGGUGGCCGAGACAACACUGGUUCCCCUUGGUCCUACGACUGGCCAAGGGGAGGGCGCAGUUUGUCAUAAUGAACGCACGGAAGGCAUCUACGAGGAAGUCAUACGCAGCUAAGUGGGCGAAGUUUGCGGAGUUCGCGGCCAGUCGCUCCGUACCUCCCAGUAGAGCGGGACUGCCCGUGAUUUUUGACUUCCUGAUUGUGCUGCUGGACAAGGGCCUCGCCCAAUCGUCCGUGCGGGUUUACCUGGCGGCCAUUUCGGCACAACAUCAGAAUAUAGAGGGCCGGUCGGUUUUCACGCACCCGGACACAAAGCGGUUCCUCAAGGGCAUGACGAGACUGGUGGGGGAGCUGGCGGCGCUGCGCUGCGAUGCCCCCUACCUUAAUUUCUCAGCGGAUGGGGUGAUGCUCCGCCCUGACAUUAAGUUCCUACCGAAGGUGGUAUCCCCGUUUCACCUGAAUUCGGAAAUAUUUCUGCCGGUUUAUUUCCCGUUGCCGGCUAAUGACUCAGAACGGCGCCUUCACGCCCUGGAUGUUAAACGGGCGCUAUCUUUCUAUCUUCACCGCACAAGUCAGUCGCGGAGAGACCCCAGACUGUUUGUAUCGUACGCUGGACCCUCCACGGGCCUGCGGAUCUCCUCGCAGCGCUUGUCCAAAUGGAUUACGGGGGCGAUCCGCCUGUGCUACAUGCUCCACAAGAGGCCGCUGCCCGGCCCUCUACGGGCUCAUUCCACGCGAGCUAUGGCAGCAUCGGCUGCGUUCAUGAAGGGAGUGGCCCUGCAGGACAUCUGUAAAGCUGCCACAUGGGCAUCAGCUCACACCUUCGUGACACACUACGCGCUGGACCUGGGGCAGAGACGAGCUUCCGCUGAAGCUGAAGAAGGAAAGAUGGAGGUGGUGGUGCGUCGAAGAGGAAGGAAGCCCAAACGGCCUCUUGUUCCAGUGCUGGAAAUGGGAACAGACGCACCUGAGCCCGAGAGAAAGCGUCAGAGGCCUGCACCUGCUGUGGAAGAGGAAGCAAAAGACCAGGAGGAGGAGGGCAAGGAGAGCGGCAAUCAUGGAAACGAAGACAGUGCGGAUGGGGGCUGCGAGGAGAUGCAUUCAGGAGCCACAACCAGGGCAGCCUCCAGGUUAGAAGCCCAAAGACAGCAGCCCAGCAAACCAACAACCCGUGCUGCAUCUAAAAACCAAAGCCCCGAUCCGCGUUCACCUACAACUCACCAGACAUUUGCAGGGAAAAAGCGACUCACCCAUACAAAACUGAAUAAGUCUUCUCUCUUGGCUCUUUCAAAGUUGCAGCCCACCAAGCGUAAGACGGAAGGCAGCCCCUCAGCAUCACAGAAGAAGGGUUACCGGAGAACGGAGGAGAUGGCGGUCAAAAAGGCUAAGCGAUAGACAGCCUCACACCGAACGCAAACAGGAAAAGAAAGCAAGAAAAGGCCUUGUCUCUUUCUGUUUAAAACAAAACACACUCAAAAAGCCAAGAGGUUUUGCAUGUGCUCGUUUUCCCAGUAUGACAUAAUCAGUGCGGAACCCUUCCAUCACGUAUUUUAAACAGCUUUCUAAACUCUGUGUUUAUGCAGAAGAUUAUCUGCUCUGCAGACGUUUCUGUCUCAAGUGGAGAGUGUGAACAGUGACUUGCCAACGCUGAUGCUUCCAAUCCACUCAUCACCAGUGGCCUCUUAAUUGACACCUUUUGUACAUAAGUCAUGUAUAAAAAAAGUUGUAUUUUACACUUUAUUUAUUUAACAGCAAAGACUGCUCUGUGAACUUCGUUACAUUACCCUCCAUUCAUCAUUUUAACCAGAUUUUUAAAUGUUGUGCCGCUAUCAUGAGCGUUGAGUGGGACCUGGGUGCAAGGGGUACUUUCCAACAGAAUCCACAGACUGCUGUUGGGCAGCUGGCAAAGUAUUUUCUUGCAUGUAUUUGAGUCAAGUAGAUUAGAAGAAGAAAGAGCCCUCGGUCCCUUUCCUUGUCACGCCUGUAGUUUUCUGUAAAGUAGAAUUUAAGGUUGCAUUUCCAUUAUUGAGGCAGUGCACCCGAUUCACUAUGAAAUAUAUUCUCAUGUGUAAAUUUUAUCCCAGUAUCCAAGUAGGUAGAACGCACUUGAGGUAGCACUAGAUUCCUUCAGCCACAACAGGUCUGAAGUGAAAAUGACAUCUCUGUCUCAUUUUGAAGUUUCUAAUUGUUCUUUGCUCAGUAUUUUUCCUCCUCCUCCUCCUCAAUUGCAACAAGCUGCAGUUAAGAUCUCCCAUAGAAAACUUGAGGGCAGUUCUAGACUGCUGGGGAUGGGAAACCCGGAGUCUGGCCCAGUUGCUGCUGGGACCUUUUAGGAAACCGAAGUUUUACUCUUUAACACGAGCAGAUCUUCACGUUCGCUUUCAUGUAAAGCUUUUUUUUUAAUGUUAUUAUUACUGUUAAUCAAAAUUUGUCUCCUGCAAGGAUGUGAUAAGUUGCCAAAUAACCUGAGAUUAUUUUAAAAUGCUCAUAUUCAUAUGUUUUAUAACAAAAAUCAGCAUUCUGUGGGGGUUUUUUCCUCAUUUUUGUUUUCGUUGGGGGGUUUUAUUGUUGUAACGUGGAUUUUUUCUGUCAAAUAUUCUACUUUGUUUCUUACUGAAUUUUUAUAUAUAAAUUAUAAAACGUUUCCCAA